AUGGCCUCGAACGACCGCCUCUAUGAGUGCGUAGUCCUCGGUGCAACAGGCUAUACGGGCAAGUAUACGGCGGAGCACAUAACCACUCACCUUCCUACGGACUUCAGAUGGGCAAUCGCCGGUCGUUCAGAAGCAAAGCUAAACGCUGUGGCGAAUGAACUCAAGCAGCUCAAUCCAAACCGGACACAGCCUGACGUAGUUGUCGCGCAGCUCGAAAAGGAUAAUCUGAUCCGCCUGGCAAAAAGCACAAAGGUCCUCAUCACCGCCGUGGGACCAUACGUCAAGUACGGCACUCCAGUCGUCGAAGCAUGCGUUGAGACCGGGACACAUUAUCUCGACGUGACUGGCGAAAUACCGUGGACGUACGACAUGGUCCAGAAGCACCACGACACUGCGAAGAAGAACGGCGCCAUUAUGAUUAUGCAAGACGGCUUCGAAUCUGUACCGACUGAUCUGCUUAGCUGGGCGCUCGUCACCCAUGUCCGCGAGACUAUUGGAGUUGGCACAGAAGAGGUCAUUGUCACCCUCUGGGACAUCGUGGGAACCUUCAGCGGCGGCUCGCUGGCCACUGUGAUGAACAUGUUCGAGUCGUUCACCUCAAGCCAGAUGAUCAAAGCGCGGAACCCAUGGUGCUUGUGUCCCGUCUCUCCGCCUCAACAAGUCCCGUCCAGGCCGCUGCUCGAACGCUUGACUGGCACGCGAUCGGACAGGGAUAUGGGGACGCUGACUGAUGGCAUUCAGGCCUUCUCAGAUCUGCCAAUUGUCCAUCGCAGCUGGGGUUUAUGUGACGAAGGAAAACUCUAUGGGCCAAAGUUCCGAGCAACCGCCUAUAUGAAGUCUCGAAACAUGAUAACGGCGAUUGGCUUCCAUCUCGCGCUUGUCAUUGCAUUCUCGGCUCUCGCUCUGCCUCCUUUGAGGUGGUUGGCGAAGAAAUUCAUCUACGAGCCCGGUCAAGGGCCCACUAAAGAGCAAGUCAAGAAGGACUACUGCGAAUGGCGUGCUGUUGCAAACGCCGAUGUCACUGAUCCGAACGACCCAAAGCGAGCACAGGCCCAGAUGAAGUGGAGCGGCAGUUUGUACCACUUCACCGGCGUGUGCCUGGCCGAGUCCGCUUACAUUAUUGCUCGAGAAAAGACUCUGGCACAUUCGAUAGGUGGUGGCAUGAUGACGCCUGCUACACUUGGUGCCGCAUACCUGGACAGACUACAAAAGGCUGGGCUCGAGCUCGACAUAAAAAGCUUGCCGUAG